GAUAUAGUGCGCAGAGAUUGGUCUCAACUGGCAAAGGAGGCUGGAAACGCUGUGGUCGAUCUAAUUCUCGAUCCUAACCUGUCGCGUGAUGAGCUGGUGGCAGAGAUCCAUGAAUCGCUUCAACGGCUUCGAUCUAGGCUGGAUGAAGGCGUCGAUACAAAACUUUUCGAAAUAAGCAAGCAACUCACACGUAAUCCGAAGGACUAUCACGAUUUGAAAUCACAGCCUCAUGCAGCAGUCGCAUGUAGACUGAAUGAAACUGGGAAGUUCUCCUUGCGACAUGGAGAUAUCGUCGAAUAUAUUAUAUGUGAAGAUGGCACUACAAACUCCGCUAUGCAACGAGCCUACCAUCGGACAGAAUUGGAGUCAAAUCCCGAUUUGAAAAUCGAUUUGCACUACUACCUAGCCCAGCAGGUCCAUCCCGUUGUAUCACGGUUGUGUGCUCCGAUCGAAGAAACGGAUGCCGUACGGCUUGCGGAAGCCUUGGGCAUGGAUUCAUCGUCAUAUCGCCGUUCGGCCGCUGCUCGUGCCUCCGAUAACGCAGUUGUUGAAGACGAAUGGGCAUGGAAUGCUCCCAGUCACCUACGAUCACUGUGA